AUAAUCCACGAGAAGCCUAGCGCGCCUCAGGGGUGGGGCUCAAACUCAGUACCUCCCCCUGGCUCCUACACCGAACGUUGGCUCCGCCCCGGACCUGUACAGCCGAGGCCUAGAUUCUCUACUCGCUGCCAGCGGAGCCACACCUCCGGACGCCAAUCGCCGGGGCCAGCAAGGAACUGCUCUCCCCACCUAUAUCGACCGUUCGGGGAAAGGCGCAGGCGCCUCACGCAGCCUCUCUGCAGCUUUCAAGCCCUGAUGGCGCGUAGGGCAGAGCCCCCCGACGGGGGCUGGGGAUGGAUGGUGGUGCUCUCAGCCUUCUUCCAGUCGGCGCUGGUGUUCGGGGUGCUCCGCUCCUUCGGGGUCUUCUUUCUGGAGUUCGUGGCGGCGUUUGAAGAGCAAGCAGCACGCGUCUCCUGGAUCGCCUCUAUAGGAAUCGCGGUGCAGCAAUUUGGGAGCCCAGUGGGCAGUGCCCUGAGCACGAAGUUCGGGCCCAGGCCCGUGGUGAUGGCUGGGGGCAUCUUGGCUGCGUUGGGAAUGCUGCUUGCCUCCUUUGCUACCUCCUUGACCCACCUAUACCUGAGUAUUGGGCUGCUCUCAGGCUCUGGCUGGGCCUUGACCUUCACUCCAACCCUGGCCUGCUUGUCCCGUUACUUCUCUCGCCGGCGAUCCCUGGCCACUGGUCUGGCACUGACUGGUGUGGGCCUCUCCUCCUUUGCCUUUGCUCCACUCUUCCAAUGGCUGCUCAGCCAGUAUGCCUGGCGGGGAGCCCUGCUGCUGGUGUCUGCCCUCUCCCUCCACUUGGUGGCCUGUGGUGCUCUCCUCCGCCCCCUCUUCCUGACUGAGGACCCUGCUAUAGGUGGCGUUGGGGCCCAGCUUGUCUCCCUCCUCCAUCACAGCCCUUUCCUCUGUUAUGCUGUUGCUCUCACCCUGAUCAACACUGGCUACUUCAUUCCCUAUGUGCACCUGGUGGCCCAUCUCCAGGACCUGGGUUGGGACCCACUGCCUGCUGCCUUCCUACUCUCAGUGGUGGCUAUUUCUGACCUCGUGGGGCGUGUAGCUUCUGGGUGGCUAGGAGAUGUAGUUCCAGGGCCUGUGGCCCGACUCCUGAUGCUCUGGACUACCCUGAGUGGGGUGGCACUGAUCCUGUUCCCUGUGGCUCAGGCUCCCACAGCUUUGGUGGCUCUGGCUGUGGCCUAUGGCUUCACAUCAGGGGCCCUGACCCCAGUAGCCUUCUCCGUGCUGCCUGAACUUGUGGGGACUGGAAGGAUAUACUGUGGCCUGGGACUGUUGCAGAUGGUAGAGAGCAUUGGAGGGCUGCUGGGGGCUCCUUUGUCAGGCUACCUCCGGGAUGUGACAGGCAACUAUACUGCUUCUUUCGUGGUGGCCGGGGCCUUCCUGCUGGCAGGAAGUGGAGUUCUGGUCACUCUGCCCUACUUGUGCUUCUCAGCUUCUACGUCCAAGCCUCACGAUCUUGUGACAGAGGCACUGGAUACCAAAGUCCCCCUGCCCAAAGAAGGGCUGGAAGAGGACUGAGAUCCAAAAAAGGGGCUCUCAGAUGCAGAAAGCCAAAUGUUGACAGCUCCAGGUCUUCUCCUCUUGCCCCAUCUUGGCUCCGACAGAAUCACAGUGCCUUAAGCAUCUGGAUCUGCCUCCCCCAGAGCAGGCUGGAGCUCCUGCAAUGUGUGGGCCAAACUUAUGUGUUUUUUGAGGACUCUUGUCUCUUCUUUGCUUCCAUAACGUUUUCUGAGGGAUCCAGGCGUUCAGCAUGCCCUGCUGAGCUCUGAGUCAACAGUGAAAAUCAAAGGCCGAGAGACUUACCAUGUUUCACGUGUGAUCUCCUGGGUUGCCUACUAAGUUUCUUCUCUGAAGACAUGUUUGGCAAAGAGGGAUGCGCCUUUGAGAUAAAACUGAGUAAGAGAACUGGAUAAUAAUCAGAACUUCAAAAAGGGCUGGAGCCCAUGUGCUUGGAUUGGCUGAAUGGGAUCAUGUCUGAGGAGUGGAGCAAGUGUCCAGGAGCUUUGAUGACCCAAAACAUUUUAACCCUGGAGUCUUCUCUCUGGACCACAGUUUUUCCCACCUGUGCACAGACCUCCCUCUUUCCCACUAUCCCCUGUGACUUAGAAAAGAAAUUAAGAGAAUGGGGUGGGGGGCAGGGUAGUGUGGGAGCGGGAGCUAAAGCUGAGAGAGCUGAAGUGUGGGUCUAGAAUUCUUGUAUUUCCCUCAGGCUUGUAGGAGGAGAUUGAAAGAGUUAUCUGGGAGGUCUGGGUACUGGGAGUGAAGCAAAUGAUCCUGGGGGAAAAGGCACCCAGGAGACCCCCUUCCAAACAGACUGCAGGAAACAGGCAGACGACUCUUUGAAGAGUCCCUGUGAUAACCUGAUAACCGGCAACAACUUGGGCAAAGAGAAAUGGCCUAGCUGAACAGACAGACACCUUUCUUCUCCCCCAGGGCCUAGUGGGAUUCUGUUCCUUUCAACCAGCCUUUUUGGAUGUCUUAAAUAGCAUGUUUUCAGCAUCCUAGAUUGGCUAACAGUGGGAGCUUGCAGGGAAAAUCAGACAGAAAUUCUUUAUUGGGGAGAGGCUCGAACAAGAAAAUAGUCAACAAGUGGUGUCCAGACUGGAGUGAGGGCCUCCGGAGGGGAGCAAGGCAACCUGAGGAACUGGAAGCAGCUCCCCCAUCUCAGGUGGAGGGGUGGCUGGAGGUGAGGCUGGCCGGCAGGAUGGCAGUGCCCGGGGCAGCCCCAUGUAGAUGAAGCUGCCCAAGAGGAUGAAAGAGCCGCACAUGAGGAAAGAGGCGGUGAAGUCUCCUGUCUCAUCCCUUAGGAACCCUAAGAGGAAGGGACAAGGAAUUUAGAGCCCUCAAACCCUAGGGGCAGAGGAUGGUUGCAAGUGAAUCUGCAGGCUUAGGCCUUACCUGACAGGGGAGGGCCCAGAAGCCCCCCGAGGCUCAUCAGCAUCAUCACCAGCCCUGUGGCCUGUACAACACCUCCGAUGCCCACUAGCCCUGGGAGCACACCGAAAACCAGUGGGGCGUAACUUCCUGCGCUCAGCCCAUAGGCUCCAGCCGCGGCCAGCAGGGCCCCCUCCCAGCCCUCCUCACUCCCCACUAUGGGCACCAGUCCCACUGCCAGCAGCCCCAACCCGGUCAGAGCCGCGAAUACCAUCAGCAGCCGCGGGAGGGGCGCCCAGCCCUGGUCUGCCAGCCACCCGCAGACCAGCCGGGCGCCCGCAUCCCCCACUGCAGCCACUGCCACCA